AUGGGUCAACUUGGAGAUGAAGAACUUACCUUCAUUUUCAAGAAACUUGACAACCCAGAUGACCGAAAAUCAUUCUCUAAAGUUUCCAAACAACUCUUGAAAGUUUCUUGCAUUCGUCUAACCACAUUGCAUUCUUCUUUUCCUGAUAUGCUGUUUGAUAUUCUACCCACAUCCUCGAAUCUGCUAAACUUUCACUGUCCGAAGCCACUGUUAAACCAUCACAUAAAACUACUAGCAAAGUCAUGCCCAAAGCUUCGCGAAUUACACCUUCCGUUAGAUGAAAAUUCUGACCAAGAUGAAUUCGAGUUUGAUUUUGAUGAUGAUGGUUUGUGUGCAAUUGCAAAUGGUUGCAAAGAAUUGCUUGGAGUGGAUUUAAGUGGGAGAUUACACGUUGGGGACGUGGGAAUUGUAUCCCUUUUAAGAUCAUGUAAGAGGGUAUACAAUUUAACUUUGGCUGGAUGUGUUCGCGUGACGGAUGAAUCUCUUAAAGUUAUUGGAGAAUGUUAUUUAGAGAUGUUAGUUUUGAAAGGUUGUUAUUUGAUUACUGAUUUGGGUUUGAAGUAUCUUGCAGAAGGGGAGUUAAAGCAUUACUUGGAUAAUCUUAAUUUAAGUGAAUGUGAUAGGAUUAGUGAUGAUGGUAUAAUCUACUUGAAAGAAAUGGGUGGUUUAAUGUGUUUGAAUCUGUCAAAGUGUGGGGUUAACGUUACUGAUACCGGACUUGUGGAUUAUUUGUCUGAAUUUCAGAAUCUGUAUUGGUUGGAUUUGUCGUGGUUGGUUAAUGUGACGGAUAUAUCAUUGAGUGUUAUUGCAACCAAGUGUUUGAUGCUGGUUGAGAUUUACUUGACGGGUUGUCAGGCAAUAACUGUUGAAGGUUUACGUGCUUUUGCUCAACAUCCGGGUUUGGAAGUUCUCGACUUGGUGUCUUGUCAUAAACUAUCAUGGGAGGAUGUGAAGUCAUUCAUCUUGACAUGUCCACAGUUAAAGCAUAUUCAUCUCAGUAAGAGAAUAGAGAUGUCAAUGCCAAACCGGUUUAACAACUGCCAGAUAGAUUGGAAAUGA